CGGCCGGCACGCCCCGCCCCGCCCCGUCACGCUCGCCGUCCGCCACAAUCCCGGGGUGCCUCCGCUUGCGGAAGGGCGGCUGCCGCUGGGGGAGCCGCUCUGCGCGUCGGUGUCGGUGCUCCGGGAGGCCCCUGGCGGCGGGCUGAGGAUGCUUCGCCUUCGACUCCUUCCCAUUGCAGCAGGGCUGUCCGCUGUCUCCCGGCGCUACCAUGGGAUGGCACAUCACCCCGGGGCCAGGCGGAGGCUUGUGGUGGCAGCUUUCCUAGGGACGACCGCAGUGACAGCAAGUGCUAGAUUCCUUUGGCAGAGGGCCUACGCAGAAGACUCAUCGUCUGUAAAACACGAUCCAAGGGCAGAACCAAGCGAGAAGGUGAAGCACCAGGAGGAGGAGGAGAGCAGCAGCAAUGACAGCAGCAAGGCUGUAGCAUCAGACAAUGAGGAGGCUCAGCCAGAAGGGAAGAAGAAGAAGCGUUCAGGGUUCAGGGACCGUAAGGUGAUGGAAUAUGAGAACAGGAUCAGAGCCUACUCCACACCAGACAAAAUCUUCAGAUACUUUGCAACUUUGAAAGUAAUAAAUGAGCACGGUGAAUCGGAGGUUUUUAUGACACCGCAGGAUUUUGUGAGAUCGAUAACACCUAAUGAAAAACAACCAGAAAACCUGGGCCUGGAUCAGUUUAUUGUGAAACGUUAUGAUGGAAAGAUACGGGUAAAAUUUUCAUCUAAAUUAUUAGCUGAGCUCAUCCCCAAUGUGCAGUCAUGGAGAAUGAAAUUAUCCCAGGAGCGAGAGAAGUUUGCUGAUGAAGACAGCAUAUUUUAUGCGCUUGGAGAGUGUGGACUCAUUUCUUUUUCCGACUACAUUUUCCUUACUACGGUCCUUUCCACUCCCCAGAGGAAUUUUGAAAUUGCCUUUAAGAUGUUUGAUCUGAACGGUGAUGGUGAAGUGGACAUGGAAGAGUUUGAGCAGGUACAGAGCAUCAUUCGCUCCCAAACCAGCAUGGGCAUGCGCCACAGAGACCGCUCCACGACUGGAAACACCCUGAAAACUGGCUUCAACUCUGCCCUGACGACAUACUUCUUCGGAGCUGAUCUGAAGGGGAAGCUCACCAUCUCUCACUUCUUAGAUUUCCAGCGCAAACUUCAGCACGACAUUCUGAAGCUCGAGUUUGAGCGGCACGAUCCGGUGGACGGGCGGAUCACGGAGCGCCAGUUUGGCAGCAUGCUGCUGGCUUACAGCGGGGUGCAGUCCAAGAAGCUCACCGUGAUGCUGAAGCAGCUCAGGAAGCACUUUCAGGACGGAGAGGGGCUGACGUUUGAGGAGGUGGAGAACUUCUUUACGUUUCUGAAGAACAUAAACGAUGUGGACACGGCUUUGAGCUUUUACCAUAUGGCUGGAGCUUCACUCGAUAAAGUGACGAUGCAGCAGGUGGCCCGGACGGUGGCGAAGGUGGAGCUCUCCGACCACGUGUGCGACGUGGUGUUCGCGCUCUUCGACUGUGAUGGGAAUGGAGAGCUGAGCAACAAGGAGUUUGUUGCCAUUAUGAAGCAGCGGCUCAUGAGAGGCUUGGAGAAACCCAAAGACAUGGGCUUCACGCGGCUCAUGCGGGCCAUGUGGAAGUGUGCCCAGGAGACGGCUUGGGACUUCACCAUGCCGAAGCAGUAGCCGGGCAGGCGGAGAGCCCGGCUUCGCGUGCUCCUGGAGCCCGGCUGUCCUGCAGCGCGUCCCACCGAGACCCGCGGGUGCCCCUCGGCCCUGCGGAAACCUGCUGACGGCACCGGGCUCUGCGCCGAACCAGAGCCGAGACUGUUGAUAGCCGGGGACUUCGUAAACACUUUGGUAGAAAUCGAAGCCUGUUGAAUCCACUGCUUCUGCUUGCCUCUGCUUUUGCUCCCUUAAUAUUUCUUUCUCUCAGGAAAAAGACUGUUGUUAUGCCACAGCCGUGAUGCGCUCUGUAGCCUGCAGAGCUGGGCAUCGAGUGAGCGCUGGUGGGCUGCACCCCAAUCAUUUCUCUGUAAUGGUAUUACAAAACAGCAUGGUUUUUAUUUUAAAUUUUUAGAUUGCUCCUGUGAAAGAAGCCCUGGGAUUCCUGGAAAGCUCAUCCCGGCUUUUGCUCGCGAGACCUCGGAGCAGAGGCUGAAGCAGAGGGGUGGUGAGAGCGCCCCAGGGGUUUGGUUGGCCGAGCUCUUCGUGCCUGUUGGGACUUUGGGGGGGUGGAAGGGACAUGUGUGCGUGUAUAGAUGUUAAAAACAAAUGAAAAAAAAAGAAAAGAAAAAGUUAAAAACUU